UGAACCGGGUGCCAAAAUUUCAUUCUCUUGCCUGACUUUGUUUUGUGUACAAAAUUUACGUUCAAGCUCCUAUAUUUUUAAAAUAAAUUAAGUAACUACACAAGCAUGAAUAGAUGUUCAAAUCCGUGGUUUCUGCGCGCGGCGCGGCAUCACAUACGUAAUCUGCAUGAGAUGAGGAUUCCGUAUGCCCGCCCAAUGGGGAUAAGUCAGCGUAAUUUUACCCUGGAGCCGUUGCACAAUCGGGAACUUAUCCGCGUCCAUGGGGCCGAGGUAGUGCCAUUUCUGCAAGGUUUAGCGACCAAUGAUGUCGCCCGGAUUCAGUCGUCUGGCGGUCCUGCCUCUAUGUACGCACACUUCCUCAACAAAUCGGGCCGAGUACUUUACGACACGAUGUUGUAUCGAACCAACAAUCCAGAAACCAUCCUCGUAGAGUGUGAUCGCGAGGCUUCUUCAGAUUUCCGGCGCCACCUGCGUACUUACCGGGUUCGAAGGCGUAUUGAGAUCGACAGUGUAGACGACGAAUACACCAGUUAUGUGAUGUUCAAUUUUAAGGACGCCCUGAAGGCUGUGCCCAAUGCCCAUCCAGAUUUAUUUGUAUCGCCAGAUCCGAGGCUGCCCGCCCUGGGCACUCGCAUUUUGGCGCCCUCCGACAUGGACUGGGCUAAGUUAGCCAAGAGUUACAUCGAAUUUGGUAUCGCCACACCUGCUUCCCCGGAUAGCAAUUACCAAUUGCUGCGUUACAAGCAAGGCGUAGGCGAAGGCAGCUCAGAGAUGCCUCCGGGAAAAUGUUUUCCUCUCGAAGCCAAUGCGGAUUACCUAAACGGCGUAAGCUUCCAAAAGGGCUGCUAUGUAGGCCAGGAGUUGACUGCCCGUAUCCAUCAUUCGGGUGUGAUCCGAAAGCGUUAUAUGCCCAUCCGGCUGACGGCUGCUCUUGAAGCUGGUUCCAGCCAGGACGUAACCUCAGUUGCUGGAGCGAAACUUGGACGAGUCUUUGGAUCUGCGUACAACCAUGGUGUCGCCUUGUUGCGAAUCGAGAAGGUUCUCAACGGGCGACCAGAGCUGAUGAUCGAUGGCGAGCGCUGCUAUGUCGAACGACCAGAAUGGUGGCCAGAGGAUCUGCCCGGAAAACGUCGCCAGGCGUUCGCUGACUGACCCGCAGUCUGAUUCUAACCACUAUUUGUUAUAUAAUCCUUGUUAUAAGUGUAGUAAACUAGUCAUUGUCAAUGUA